AUGCAUUCAAACAACACACCGCAAGAAUCAUCAACGAAACCACAGGACUCGGUAGCGUCUAGCUCAAACGCCAGCCCUAAAAAGUUUUUUAGAGCGUUUCACUCCUCGCCGUUCAAAUCUUCGAAAAGCAAAGAGAUUCAACCAAAACAUCCCGAGUCUAGGGAGCUACAGAAAGCGCAUGCCAGGACACAAAGCUACGACCACCCACCUUCCACGGCGCAAGGCGAUCAGAACAACUGGAUCAGCAUGAUUCGGCCAAUUCCACAAGGGGCUCAGGGCGAUGUGCCCAUAACACUUCCUGAGAAGUAUUCGAACAGACACACUAUCGCCAUUUCUCCAUCGAUGAAUCUGCAGUCAUUCCAACAGCCUCAUGUCAACGAUCAGCGCUAUCAUCAAAACAGAAACAGUCCCCAAUUUGCAGCGCAAGAUCUUUCACGUGGCAAUGUAAUAGAUUCUAAGCAAAACGCCCCGCCCGCCCCGCCAGGUUACCAUAACCAGCACAAUCAAGGUAUUCCAUACAAUCAGCAGAUCCAACCGAGUCAGCAUCAGAAUCAACGCAUGAGAGGUCUGUUUGAGCAGCAAGUGCACGGCGGACAGUAUCAGGUAGGCCCCCAAACAUAUCCUCAAGGUAGUCCGCAGUAUCUGCCUCAACCACAGUCCCAAGGAUUUCGCCAGCAGCAAAUACCGUAUACACCAGUCAAGUCACAGAAUCCUCAAGUUCGACAACAGAAUUGGGACAAUGCUCCAAGCUCCCCUCAGAUCAACCCUUCCCCUUUCAGAAGUACUUCACGUCAGGGCUCGUUUCACCAACAAGCGCCCAAUUCACCACGCUUCAGUGAAUCAUCCCCCACAGAGCCAUUUUUCAAUUCGAACUCUGCAGGCUCAGAAAUACCAUUAAAUCUGGGUCAUCCUCAUAAUCCUCAAAAUCCUCACAAUCAUCCUCAAGGAAACAGUACAAGACAAAACGCUCCUUUCUACAAUGAAAGUAAUCUGUCGCGCUCAACGCAAAUUCUGCAAAAACAGAGCCAUGGUUCUCUGAAUGAGGUGGUCAAGAAAAGAAAGAUCUGUCAUUCGUGCAAGCAAGCAAUCAGUGGCCAAUUUGUUAGGGCUUUGAAUAAUGCGUACCACCUUGACUGUUUUAAAUGCUAUUCUUGUGGGACACAAUGCUCAAGUAAAUUCUUCUCGCUUGAUGUGAGUGCCCCUGACGGUUCGAUGAUACAGGUGCCUUUGUGUGAGUAUGACUAUUUCAAAAAGUUGGAUCUUAUAUGCUUUAGUUGUGAUACUGCUUUGAGAGGGCCGUACAUCACUGCUCUUGGUAACAAGUAUCACCUAGAACAUUUUAAAUGUUCUGCGUGUGGUAAAGUUUUCGAAUCUGACGAGAGUUACUACGAGCACGGUAACGAUAUCUAUUGCCACUUUCAUUAUUCCAAAUUGUUUGCGACAAAAUGUGAAGGUUGUCAUUCGUCUAUAGUGAAGCAAUUUGUGGAGCUCUACAAAGGUGGUAAGAACCAACAGUGGCAUCCUGAAUGUUACAUGGUAUUCAAAUUUUGGAAUGUUUGCUUUACUCCAGAAGCGGUCGGACUUCCAAAGGAUUUUCCUUUCGAUUCUGCAUCCUCCAGUCCCGUUGAAGAGUCUCCUGCAACAGGCCUAUUACUGUAUGAGCAAAAAAUUGAGUCUUCGGUCUUGAAUUGUUGGAUGAUACUAUCUGGUUUUGAAGAAUCGACAGCUCAAUGUGUAUCUGAAAUGCUUCUUGCUGCCUCGACAGGAAAUUUGCGAAGCGGACUCAUCGUGACCGGAAAGUUGAUACUAUAUGUUGAAGUUUUGUUUAACGCCUUGGAGUUUGUUCAAGCUAUGUGUUUGGAGCACCCACCGGAAAAAGCAACCACAUCUGAAGUCAGCCUUGCAAUAGCAGAUGAGGUUUACUCAGCGGAUGCAUUUCAUCGAUUCCAGCACUUACGGAAGGAGCCUCGUAAUAUAUCUGGAAAGAUUAUGAGCUACUUGGCAAUUUUGAGAAAAUCUCACCAAAUCGCAGCGUCAGGAAGUCUUUCUUCAGAACUAUUAUCUGUGAUUACUGGUUGUGCUCAUUACUUGAAGCUACUCAUUCGAAUUGGGCUAAAUAAUGCGCUCAAACUAAACAUUUUGCGGUCAGACACGAAAGCUUUUGACACUUUCUUGCAACUUAUCAACAAGUACGAUGAAAUAGAGACAAUGGACAAGUUCGCUGGCGAAGCUCGUGUCUCGAUUAGUUCACGAUUGUCAAUUCCGUACAAUGCGACCGACGCAUGCCGUGCAUGCUCAAAGAGCAUUGAAAAGUCAUGCAUACGUUUUGCUGACUCAAGAUGGCAUCCGAAGUGCUUCGAAUGCAGCUACUGUCAUCGCAAACCAAGUGCUGAAUUGAAACUGGAGCAAUUUCUCUGUGGCCCUGAUGAUCUGAUUAUAUGCCCGGAAUGCUCGAAGUCAAAUUCAAACAAGGGAAUUGGCUAUUCAUCUGGCUUUGUGACUGUGACCGACUUGGCUCAGCUCUCAUAUCUUUUGCGUAUCGCGAUUCUUAGGUCAAAGGCAGCUAUAAAGAAGGAGCUUGCUGAAACUCAAAAGAAUGUACCACCCACAAAUCAGAUGCAAAACAUAAGUGAAGAGAUGGCUGGUACUGAACAGGAUUAUUCCAAAACUUUGGGCGAAAUAACAGCUCUUCGGACCAAGCGUGAAAGCCAAGGUUUGAGGAACUCAGUGAAGAGAAAGGCAAGAAAAUCUGUCAUUCUUGAGUCACCAACUGGCACUAUCGCUAGAUCUGAUAACACUGCUGCAUUGAAUGAGAGGCAUCGUGCUGAAAGCAGUGGUAGUGUUGCAUCAUAUAUCCCACUGCCGGUCGACUCUGAUCAAACCGAUUUUCAAUUGGGAAACUUGAAAAUUCGAGAAGAGUCAGAGCUGCGUCAUGCAAGCAAUAGUCUUGACCGAACAACUGAUCUAUUAAAGAACGAGAAAUCGCUUACUUUGGAUGACAUUCCUCGCAUUGUCGCUGCGGAACAAGCGAGAGAGCAAAGACCCAAUGCCUUCAAGCACCACAACCUGCUUUAUCAGAAACGGCAGCUGCUGCUUCACACACCCUCUGGUGUUCAAAAGAGGGUUCCUUCGGGGAGCCUUUCGCAAACGGCCAAUGAACCUCAAAGUUUUGUGGCAGAUCCCGAGUCAAAGUAUUAUUCGGAGCUCACAAAGUGUGAACACUUCGUUUUACGUCAUAUCGCAGUGGAGGCUCUACUUCAGACAUGUGAUCAAUUUCCAAGAGAGGAGCUUAUGUCGCUUGUUCAGACAAAGAAGCAAAGCAAUUUUUGGGACAAAUUCAAAUUCGGGGCCAGCGAUAAGAAUGGCAAGGGUAUGCAUGUUUUCGGUGUCGAAUUGUCUGAAGUCAGCAAACGUUAUGGAGUUGAUACAGAACUUGGAGUUGGGCCAUCUCAACUUCGGAUUCCUAUAGUCAUUGAUGAUAUAAUUCGUGCCUUGAGACAAAAGGACAUGUCUGUGGAAGGUAUCUUUCGAUUGAAUGGUAACAUCAAGAAUCUUCGAGAGCUUACCGAUCAAAUUAACAGCGCACCCCUCAAGUCUCCGGCAUUUGACAAAUAUUCCGCUGUCCAGCUAGCUGCUUUGAUGAAAAAAUGGAUUCGUGAGUUGCCCAACCCUCUUCUCACCUUCAACUUGUACGAGAUUUGGAUUGCUUCAAGGAAACAAAAUGACACAGCAAAGGGUAAAAGAGUACUUCAAUUGGCAUAUUGCAUGCUUCCAAGAUUCCAUAGAAAUUUAUUGGAGGUUUUGCUUUAUUUUUUCAGUUGGGUUGCCUCCUUUGCUGAAAUUGAUGAGGAAACCGGCUCCAAAAUGGAUACUCACAAUUUAGCUACAGUCUUAGCCCCCAAUAUUCUCUUGUCGCGUGCAUCCGCAACAGAAAAUGGAACAAAUCAAUCCAGUGAUGCCCACUUCCUUGCAAUCGAAGUUGUUAAUCAGCUUCUUGAGAUGCAUGAGGAACUUGCGGUGAUCCCACGAGAUAUUUGGGACUUCUAUCAGAAACUCAAUCUCGGAAACUCUCAGAAAUUGGAGCAACUCUCAAGCAAGGAAAUUGCCAACAAAAUACAGAAGACCUUGCAGGAACACCCCUCUCAAUUUGAUGGCUCUUUGAGAGUGGAGGGAACUGUUCCCAGUCAUAAUAAUACUAUCAAAAGAGGGCAAGCGACAGUGCAUGGCAACGAAGUAGUGACAAAUUGA